AUGCCCACGGACGCACGCGACGUGUUGCGUGCGGCUGCGAUUCUCACUGGUGAUCGAGACUAUGAGCUGCUGAUUGAAAAGCCUCUGCGCGGUCCAGAGAACGUCGACGCGGUGAUCCAGCGCCGACUCGCGGUGUUUCUCGAGCUCACCAUCCCGCUGCAGCCGUCCGAGACGCUGCGGUCGAUGAACGACUCGGUGCGUUGGCAGACGGGUGUCUGGGGCCUCGCAUGCCUCGUGCAUAUCCACCAAGUCGCCAUGUCGUACAGUGAGCCCAGCGAUGGCGCACCGCUGCUCGGUGCGCGCGACUUGAGCAUGCUCAAAAAGCUGGUGGCGGUGACGUUUGCCUGGCUCGUCGUGCCGGCGACGUCCGCGUUUGACCGGACGUAUCCGUCCAACGUCGACUUGAGCGACCUUGUGACGGCAUUCCAUGUACUUUUGCACAAAAGCGACGCGGCGCCGGCCGCCGACACGGCUCUGCCUGUCUCGCCGUUGGCGCAUACGGAUGUGGCGGUGCUGGUGAUGCGCGUGUACCUCGUGGAUGUGCUGCGGAUUCUGAUCCGCAUGGCGUACGGCUCGGCGUCAGCGCUAGCGCUCUCUAUGGUCCAGGACAUGCUGGACACGCUGCCGACGACAACGAUGCUGUCGGCUCUGCGCAGUGUGCCGACACGGAGUGUCUUUGCCGCGUCGCCGUCGUCCGACGACACGUCCCCGUCCAUCACACCGAGCGUGCCUGCGUUUGUCGGCGAGACGUGUGCGCGCCUCUUGUCGCAGCAGCUCUUGCGCCCGGCAGGCGUGCGCUCGCUCAUGAUCGGCAUGUUGGGUGCGAAUGAAGACGACUUGCUCGAGUGCGAGGUCGACUUUGACUCGAACGCUAUAUCCCAGCGCCUCGACGGCCUAGCGCGUCUCCUUUCCACGCCGCCAAAAGACAUGGAUCGCCCGACGUACUAUAUGAAAAUCACGCCGCACAUCCUCGAUGUGCUCGACCCGGUGACGCCGCCAGGCACGACGCCCGUGCAUGGCACUCACCGACGGGCUGCUGCCUUUACGUGCGUGCGAAUGUACGAAGCCGAUGCCAAGUCGAUGCAAGCUGCGCUCGACACGAACCUGUGGCGCGUCCUGGAGCCGGCCUCCGAUCCGCCAUCGCCCGCGCAGAUUGACAUGGUGCUCCGGCGCAUGUUUGCAGCUGUGACACUCGCGCCGCCGUCGCCCCCCUGGAUUCAUGCGGCGUGUGCGCGGAUGAUGCACCGUUUCCUGGCGCUCGACACGCAUCUGCAUAUGCCGACGCUCACGCCGCGGUCCGUCGAUGCCUUGCGCGACACCCAGGCGGCGAAUCUGCAAGAGACGCUCCUUACCUGGUUCCGUGUGUGCUCUGAAGACGAGAUUGUGUCGACACUGCACAGUGCGCUGCGUCGCUCGCUGGACGAUACGUGGCAUUGGUACGACGUGCCCGAGGGGGGCGUGGGUCUCGUGGAGCGCCCGAUCUUCCUGCCGGACGUGACGACGCUGCUGGAUGCCGUGGACAUCUCGACGCACGAGGGCGAUGUGCCACCGCCGCCGAAAGGCUUGACGCGCUCGUUCGGGUGGGCGAUUGAUCCGGCGCGCAUGUGCGUUCUCAUCAAGCAGGCCGAGCGCCCGCCACUGGCGAGUGCGCUGCUGCUCAAUGCGAUGGACGAGCACCGACGGACACGGAGCCGCAUGUCCUCUGGCCUGAUGCACGAUGAGACGGUCUCGCUGGAUCGCCGGGCGAUCUACUACCUGCAGCUCGUGUUCCAGCUGUUUGAUGCGUUUGGUGAUGUGAUGAUGGAAGAAGGGGACAUUGAUCGCGUGCUGCACUUUAUCGACUUUGCGUGCCACGAUGACGAAUCGGUGCUGGACGCGGAUUUGUGCAAUACGGCUCUGGAGCUGCUGCUCUCGCUGCUCGAGCGGCACGCGACUCUCACGCCCGUGUCGACGCCCAUGCUGCGUGUCAUGGCCGACCGCCUCGAGCGCUUCCGCGACAUGCCGAACCCCACGACACAGGCGCUCAGUCAGGAGCUGCUGAUGACGCUCUCGGCGCGAUCCAAGUUUGAGGGCCUGCCGCCCUCGGCGACUGCCAAGCCCGAAUACCUCCAAGUGUACCACGAGGCUUUGCAGUACCUGCAAGAUCCCAUCUUGCCCGUUCGUGCGCAUGGCCUGCAUCUGCUCACGCGUCUCGUCUCCCGCGUCGCUCGGAACCACUCGGCCAAGUGUUAUGGCGACGAAUUAGACCAUGCCCUGAUCCCGGAAAUUUUUGACCUCUUCCUCCAUGCCAUCCAGGACGACGAGAGCUUCUUGUACCUGAACGCCGUGCAGGGACUCGCCCAAAUGGCCAUGAGCUGGCGAGACGCCGUGCUGCGGCCCCUGAUGGCGAUGUACGUCGGUGGUGACAAGACCCAGGACGGCAUGUCGCAUGCGCUCUCGUACGGCCAGGAACUGACGCAGCGUGAGACGGAUCAGCGCCUGCGGAUUGGCGAAGCGAUUCUGCAGGUGCUCCAGCACCUCGGCGAAGCGGUCGUGUCGGAGCUGGAUCGUAUUGUGCCGCCGCUCCUCACCGCUGUACGCAAUCCGCUCUUCUCUGCGACGCUGCGCAGCUCGUUCAUCUCGAUUCUCGGUACGUGCGUCGAGAUUGCGCCCACGGCUCUGGCGGCCGACCGCUCCUCGGUGCACAUGGUGCACAUGUGCACGGAGCUGAUUCAGGCCACGACGGAGCGCCGUGCGAUCCGCCAGCGGAGCAGGGUGCGUGCGAGCGUCCAGGGUGUGGGUGCCGGUGGCGAGGUCACGGAGCGCUCGCUGGACGACGAGGAUGAGGAAGAGGCGAUGUGGGAACGUGAAGCUACGAGCGGCACGGACCGCGACGUGCAUCGCCCUCAGCUGCGCCGAGCGGCGCUGCUGCUCCUGCUCAUGCUCCUGCGUGCGACGCAGGAGCAGCUCGAUGACUAUCGCGAGUCGUGUGAGCGCGAUCUCGACGAUAUCGAUGCGCCGCUCUCGGCAUUGCGCCUGCCGGGCGGGGGCGUGCUGCCUGACGUCCAUGGCCGCGCGAAGCCGACGCUGCCUCCGCUGCUAGUGCCUGUGGACGUGCUCGGCAGUGUCAUGCCGGUCGUCACGUACAUGGCGCAAGAAGAGGCGGACAAUGUGGUGCGUGUGCAGGCGCAAGACUGCAUUGAUCAUAUCCGACUCGUCGAGCUCGCGUACAUAGGUCUGUAG